AUGGAGUUGGACACCGGCGCUAGUGUGUCGACCAUUGAUGAAGGCAAGUUUGCCGAGCUUUUUCCGUCGGUGUCGUUGGAGCCAUCGAGUGUGGAGCUGAAAAGUUUUUUCGGAGACAUGAAACGCGUCCAGGGAAAGCUGGAAGCAAUGGUCAAACUUGGCGACAAGGAGCGCCAGCUACCAUUAUUUGUCAUGAAAGGGGCGUGUUCUACGCUGUUUGGACGAAGCUGGAUGAAGGCAUUCAAGCUAGGCAUCGCUCAGACGGAGGGAGUCAACGUCGUGAAGUCUACGGGAGACCUGGUAAGCCAAUAUCACGAAGUUUUUUCGGAGCAUCUUGGCACGUUUCACGGCGUUACAUCGUCUAUAUUCGUACAAAAGGGUGCGAAGCCACGUUUUGUCAAGGCACGUCCAAUACCAUUUGCUUUGCGCGAUAGGGUUUUUGAAGAACUACAGAGGAUGGAACGGGAAGGCGUUAUCAAACCGGUGAAAACUUCUCAGUGGGCCGCGCCCAUCGUUCCUGUAUUGAAGUGCGACGGCCGUGUUCGAGUCUGCGGCGAUUUUAAGACUACCAUAAACCCGGUGAGAGUCGUCGAGUCCUACUCUAUUCCUAGGAUUGAGGAACUUUUUGCGCGACUUACAGGGGGCAAGACGUUCACAAAGCUUGACUUGCAAGAUGCCUACCAGCAGGUUCCACUCGAUGAGGAGUGCCAAGAGCUAGUCACCAUUAACACUCCGAAGGGGUUAUACCAAUUCACAAGGCUGCCGUUCGGGGUUUCAUCAGCUCCGGCUAUAUUUCAGCGAGAGAUGGAAAAUCUCUUGCACGAUCUUGACCAUGUGGUAGUGUACUUUGAUGAUAUUCUGGUCACAGGAACCAGUGACAAAGAGCAUUGGGAAAAUUUGGGCCGAGUGUUGGAUCGCCUGAAGACCUCGGGACUGCGACUGAAGUUAUCCAAAUGCGAAUUCAUGAAACCAGAAGUACAGUACUUGGGCCAUAUCAUUAGUGCGGCUGUGCUGCGUCCAAACCCGGCUAAGACUGAAGCAGUGCUGGAAGUCCCCGCACCCUGA